AUGGCACAACCCGGCGUCCUUGACCAGAAAUCGGAAAGCGGACCAGCGCCAGAAAACCACAGCAAUGCCGCAUCUACAAGAGUGGCAUCAUUAGACAACACCGGCAAAGCAGGAGAUGACCUCGAAGCAAGCCUCGCAACCGCUAACAACCCGAACGGAAACCUCGCCAAGGAAGACGACGAUCAAAUUCUCCACCAAAAGCCCGCGCGACGAGGCCGUUGGGGCGAAAUCGUCAGCACAAACUAUGCAGACCUUAUUUUCAUUAUCUGCUCGUUGACAACCGGUUUAUGCGACGGCGUCGUCUACGCCUCAUUUGGUUGUUUCAUCAGCAUGCAAACGGGAAACACAAUUUUCGUGGGAUUGGGUGCCUCGGGUAUACCGAUGAACAAACCAUACGGGUGGCUGAAAUCUUUGAUGUCAAUCUGCGGAUUUUUCGCUGGAUCGUUUGUAUUCGCAAAGAUUAUGCGAGCAGUCGGAAACCGCAAGAGGGGUACUUUGACCGUCUGUUUCGCUAUUCAGGCUAUCUUCGUUUUCGUUGCCGCUGCAAUCAUCCAAUCGGGUGCAAUUCCACACGAUAUCAAUGAUCAGCCUACUAGCGGACCACUGUUUUUGGAAUUGAUUCCCAUUGCAAUCUUGGCUUUCCAGUUCGGUGGGCAAAUGUCGGCUAGUCGUGGAAUGGGAUUCAAUGAGUUACCAACCGUGGUGUUGACCUCGGUGUAUUUUGAUAUUGCGUCUGAUCCAGCUAUUGUGGACAGUGUUUCGAAGAACGUCAAACGCAAUAGACGUAUUGGCUCUGUUGUCGCUAUUGUUGUCGGUGCGAUCGCAGCGGGCUGGCUAUGUCGUAGCGAAGCUGAGAUGCAGAGUGCCUUGUGGAUUUCGGGAUUCCUCAAAGCAUGCAUUGCUGUUGCGUGGACUGUGUGGCCUGUCGCUGCGAAGUGA